AUGGACUUCAAUGAACAUCAAGAAAAUCGGACAAUACAGUACUGUUUCCAUUCUGGCAAUACAUCAUGCUUAAAAAAGGUCCGACCUACAGCAGUUAAUGUCAUCCUGUACUUUUUUCUGCUCGCAGUUGUAUUUCUGACAGUGUGUGGAAAUUUGUUGGUGAUCAUUUCUAUCUCUCACUUCAAACAGCUCCACACACCAACCAACCUCCUUGUGCUCUCCUUGGCUGUUGCAGACUUUCUAAUAGGAGUGACUGUGAUGCCUUUUACAAUGAUUCAAUCAGUAGAAUCUUGCUGGUAUUUUGGAGAUACGUUCUGUACUCUGUAUUCCGUAUUAAUUCUCUUGCUUACCUCUGUUUCUGUUAGUAGCUUAGUAUUCAUUGCUAUUGACCGUUUCUUUGCUGUGUGUGACCCUCUGCUUUACUCUACUAAAAUAACUGUAAAUGUUAUAUAUUUAGUCAUAUCACUUAGCUGGUUCUUAUCACUAUUGUAUGCACUCUCAAUUAUUUAUUCCAAAGGAAAUAUUGAUGGUGAUGAAGCCUUAGAUACCUGCCAGGGAGAUUGCCUGUUUACAUUUAAUGCAACCUGGGGACUAAUUGAUCUUGUGAUGACAUUUCUUUUGCCUAGUACUUUCAUGAUAACUCUUUAUGCUAAAAUUUUCAUUGUUGCAAAAAGGCACGCAAGAGUAAUCAGUUCUGCUUCAGCGCAAGUUACUUCUGGAGAUAGAAGCAAAAGUAAAACAUCAAAUAUAUCAGAAAGAAAAGCUGCAAAAACCUUAGGACUUGUACUAUUAGUUUUUCUUCUUUGCUGGAUACCAUACCAUUUAUGCACGAUCAUUGACUCAUACAUUAAUUUUUCUGUGCCUUCAGAUGUUAUUAAUACUCUUGCGUGGCUUGUAUACAUUAACUCUUCCAUAAAUCCUCUCAUUUAUGCUUUGUUUUAUCCCUGGUUUCAGAAGUCAGUGAAACUAAUAAUAACAUUUAGAAUAUGUUAUACUGCAUCUUCAUUGAUUAAUUUGUAUCCAGAAAAUGUUUAA